UUAACUACAGAGAAAGGUAAACUUCAAGAAGAGAAUGAACUCUUAAUCACUCAGAAAGGAAAGCUUCAUGAAGAACUUGAAAGGAUAAAACUCAUGGGAGAAGAAGGGUUGAAACUUGCUCGAAGAUAUGCAGAAAAUGUUACCCUGGAUCCAGAGACAGCUCACCGAUAUCUCCGAGUUGCUGAGGACAAUAAAAGUGUGAAAGGAGGUGAUACCUUGCAAGAACUGCCCGAAAGUAGGCAGCGGUUUGAAAACCUAGUCUGUGUAUUAGGUCAGCAAUUUUUUUCCAAAGGUAGACACUACUGGGAAGUGAAUGUGAAAAAGAAAGAAAAAUGGACUCUGGGCAUUUGUAAACAUUCUAUCCGCAGACAAGGAGAAAUCAUCGUGUCCCCAGAAACUGGGUUCUGGACACUGUGUUUGAAUAGAAGUAAGGACUACCAAGCUCUUGCAAAUCCACGGAUAACACUCCACCUUGAGGAAUCUCCUGAGAUUAUUGGAAUCUUCCUGGACUAUGAGGCUGGGAGGGUGUCCUUUUAUAACGUGACCAACCUGACUCACAUCUACACCUACAAAGAGUGCUUCACUGAGGCCUUGAGACCAUACUUUUAUCCUGGCCCCCUCUACAAUGGUCAAAAUGAACACCCUCUGACCAUCCUGUCAUUAAGGUACAUAAACAAGCCAGGAAGAAGAUGUUCUGUGUGACUGAGGAAGAAAUGCCUUAUUCUAAAUCUGCUGAAACUUGA